AUGGCCACAAGGUUGCUGCCAGCCCAGGCUCUGGUGUCUGUGACAUUCAGGGAUGUGGCUGUGUUCUUCAGCCGGGACGAGUGGCUGUGCCUAGACUCUGCGCAGAGAACCUUGUACCAGGAGGUGAUGCUGGAGAACUACAGCACCCUGUUCUCUCUGGGGAUUCUGUUUUCCAAACCAAAAGUUAUCCUCCAGUUAGAACAAGGGGAAGACCCCUGGAUGGUGGAAAAUGGAGUUUCUCAGAGCACAUAUCUAGGAUGGGAGAGCUUGUUUGAAACCAGAGUUUCUGAAGAAGAAAAUCAGGACGUAAUGAAUCAACUCUUAGGUGAUGGUCCUUUUGACUUUAGGUUGGGAAAAAUCUACAUAAACGAGGAAACCCUAGAGAAUCAACAAAGCAAAGAGAACAGAGCUUUGAGGGAAGUCUUAGUUACCAUCAAGAAAACAUGCAUGAAGGACAAGAGCUUUAUAGGUAUUGACCUUGGGAAAAAUCUUGAUCUAAAAUUAUCACUUAUUAGAAAACCCAGAAUUGUUUCCAGAGGAAGGAAACCUUGUUCACAGCAGUAUUCAAUUCUAUUUAAACAGCUGGGAAUCAGCACAGUGCGUAAGUGUUACAAGUGUAAUAUCUGCGGGAAAAUCUUCCUCCACAGUUCUUCCCUGAGUAAACAUCAGAGAAUCCAUACUGGAGAGAAGCUCUAUAAAUGUAAGGAAUGUAGGAAAGCUUUUAGCCAAAGCUCAUCUCUAACUCAGCACCUGAGAGUUCAUACUGGAGAGAAGCCUUACAUAUGUAGUGAAUGUGGAAAAGCCUUCAGUUUCACUACAUCUCUCAUUGGACAUCAGAGAAUGCACACUGGAGAGAGGCCCUAUAAAUGUAAUGAAUGUGGAAAAACGUUUAAAGGUAGUUCAUCCCUAAAUAAUCACCAGCGAAUUCAUACUGGAGAAAAGCCCUAUAAGUGUAAUGAAUGUGGGAGAACCUUUAGCCAGUGCUCAUCUCUUAUUCAGCAUCAUAGAAUUCAUACUGGAGAGAAACCAUAUGAAUGUAGUCAGUGUGGGAAAGCCUUUACUUCAAUAUCACGACUAAGUAGACACCACAGAAUUCAUACCGGAGAGAAACCUUUUAAUUGUAAUGAGUGUGGAAAGGUGUUUAGUUACCACUCAGCCCUUAUUAUACAUCAGAGAAUUCACACUGGUGAGAAACCUUAUGCCUGUAAAGAAUGUGGGAAAGCCUUUAGCCAAAGCUCAGCUCUUAUACAACAUCAAAGAAUUCACACUGGAGAAAAACCCUACAAAUGUAAUGAAUGUGGGAAAGCUUUCUCCUGGAUUUCACGGCUUAAUAUACACAACAGAAUCCAUACUGGAGAGAAACCAUAUAAUUGUAAGGAAUGUGGAAAAGCUUUCAGUUCGCACUCAGCAGUUAAUACUCAUCGAAAAAUUCAUACCGGAGAGAAACCUUAUAAAUGUAAUGACUGUGAAAAAGCUUUCAACCAAAGCUCAGCACUCAUUCAGCACCAGAGAAUUCAUACUGGAGAGAAACCAUAUAAUUGUAAAGUAUGUGGGAAAGCCUUUAGACAAAGUUCAUCCCUUAUGACACACAUGAGAAUUCAUACAGGAGAAAAGCCCUAUAAAUGUAAAGAAUGUGGGAAAGCUUUCAGUCAGAGCUCAUCUCUUACAAAUCAUCAGAGGACUCAUACUGGAGAAAAACUAUAA